AUAACAAGGACGUGUCGGUGAUGAUGAGCGAGAUGGACGUGAACACCAUCGCAGGCACGCUGAAGCUGCACUUCCGUGAGCUGCCCGAGCCCCUCUUCACUGAUGAGUUCUACCCCAACUUCGCAGAGGGCAUCGCUCUUUCAGACCCAGUUGCAAAGAAGAGCUGCAUGCUCAACGUGCUGCUGUCCCUGCCGGAGGCCAACCUGCUCACCUUCCUUUUCCUUCUAGACCACCUGGAAAGGGUGGCAGAGAAGGAGGCAGUCAAUAAGAUGUCCCUGCACAACCUCGCCACUGUCUUUGGCCCCACGCUGCUCCAGCCCUCCGAGAAGGAGAGCAAGCUCCCUGCCAACCCCAGCCAGCCCAUCACCAUGACCGACAGCUGGUCCUUGGAGGUCAUGUCCCAGGUCCAGGUGCUGCUGUACUUCCUGCGGCUGGAGGCCAUCCCUGCCCCGGAUAGCAAGAGACAGAGUAUCCUGUUCUCCACCGAUGUCUAA